AUGAAAUACUAUGAUUCGUUGGACCACCAUGAUGAACAAAAUCAAGUCCCUAGUGAAGACACAUUUAGUUUCCCAGAUGAUUCAGAUUUGGUAAUUGGUCAAGAAUUCAAGAACAAAGAUGAGAUUAAUCUAGGUACGAUCACGCAUUUGGAGGUGGAUGAAGAUUCUAAAUUCAAAUAUGUUUUCCUAGCAUAUGGAGCAUGCCUCAAAGGAUUUCGUUGCAUGAGAAAGGUUAUUGCGGUGGAUGAGACUUGGUUGAAGACCAAGUACAAAGGUGUAAUGCUCAUUGCAACAAUACAAGAUGGUAAUUUUCAUCAAUAUCCUAUUGCUUGGGUUGUGGUUGAUUCAGAGAAUGAUGCUUCGUGGUCAUGGUGGCAUAUGUCUCAGAAUAUUAAAGCACGUGUCAGAGUUAAAGGUGUCAUAAAAUUAUUCGAAGAAACUGCCAAUGCCUAUAAAGUUUCCGACUUCAACAAACUCUAUGAUGAAUUGAAGAAUAGAUAUCUCGUAGCAGUGAAGUAUCUUGAAGAAUCAAAUCUCACACUUAGUAAAUGGGCAAGAUCUCACUUUAUAGGCUGUCGGUACAAUAUUAUGACUACGAAUGGUGCAGAAUCUAUUAAUGCAACACUACGGGAACCUAGAGACUACCAUAUCAUUGCGUUGUUGGAGGCUAUGCAGGCAAAAGUCUUCGAGUGGUUCAACAAUCGCCGCAAUAUUGUGGCAUCUAUCAAUACAAAUUGUACACCUUUAACUCCAAAGGCAGAGAAUAUUAUUCGAAAAAGAUUCAAGAAAGCAUUGGAAAUGAAUGUGAAACAACUUAACCGAUUUGAGUAUGAGGUUACAGGCAAAGAAAAUGAUGCAAUAAUUGAUUUAGGUCAAAGACAAUUCUCAUGUCGUGUCUUUGACCUUGAUCAACUUCCAUGUGUGCAUGCAUUAGCAUCAUAUGAGCAAGCUGGAAUAGAAGUGUAUGAUUUGUGCUCUAAUUAUUAUAAGUUGGAAACUUGGGCGUUGGCUUAUGUUGAACCAUUUAUCUAG